UGCUCGAACGGAAGUAUCUCAUUGUGAAAGCGCUGUGCUUCUCUUUCGAAGAAGUGAUAAGGGAGAAGAGGGAAGAAAAAAAGAAAAAUAAAACGAUAAUAGUUUCUUCUCCCCGUGAUAUAUUUUUCUCUCGCUCGUCUAUUGCAUCUCUAUACGUGUCUGUAGUUUAGAGUUAGCGCACUUCGGCACGAGACGUUACUCCGUCCAAGCGUGUAUUACUGGGCACCCAUACGAGACGAUCGGAGGCUGUAAUUAAAGAGUAUCACCAUGACGAUUGCAGCUACAAGACUGAUUACAUUUUUAGUUAUACUUAAGAUAAUUUCCGCGCAAAACUGGAAUCUAGGCAAUGGUUUGAUCUACGAUAUGACAACAAGUAUCCUGCUUGGAGAGACCUCCCAAUCGGUACACGAUAGUAAAGAUGAUGUGGGUUUCCAAGUGACUGCCAAAGUUAGGGUUUCACCCAUUUGGAAAGAUCCCACCGAUCCCGAAACUACUCUGAUAUCAAUAAAGACUGAUUCUCUUCAACUAUGGAUAAAAUCAAGAAAAGCCCCAAAGCCCGAAGGUUUCGUGAAACACACUUCACGUUUAGAAGAUGCACCAAAGGAGCCGAUAUUUUUACUCUGGAAAAAGGGCCAGAUAAAAACGAUUUUCGCUAAUUCCGAUGAAAGCAUAUCAUCUUUGAAUCUCAAACGUGGCAUUGCGAGCAUAUUCCAAUACAAAACUGUUGACAGUGUGUUUCAAGAAAGAGAUGCAAGUGGUUUGUGUAAUGUGACGUACAAGUUUGUUCGACCAAAAGUAUUAAAUAAAAUAAAAGAGUUUUGCAAAUCCACUAAACAUCAACAUUCCAAUCCAAUCCUAGGAGUUAGAGUUAGUAAUCUGAACUCCAUCACUUACGAAUUGACUGAGACUCUGAUUCCGAAGCACGUAAUCGAAGAAGAAAAGCAUGAAAUGCAUUUGGUCGCCAAGUUGGACGCCAGAUCAUCAGUCACCACUCACAGGACUUUCCGAUUGCUUCCGGAAACUUUUGUGGGAGAAACAGUUGUCGCAUCGACGUACCCGGAAGUUUUCAAUAAAUUCAAUUCACGUUUCGUGGACAUAUCGAUCGAAACCCAAAACGAGCACACGCCUUGUCCCGAAUCGGGCUGCCUCACACUGGAAGCUGCUCUAGAAAACUACUCCAAAGCUCUUGAAUCCGCCAACUUGGGAACGGCGAAAUCGGCAUCUGCUUUUUUGAAAAUAGUUCCUCUGAUCCGAGAAGCUUCCGCGGAGAAUCUUGCAAAAAUCUUGAAGAGUCCGCGCAAUCACGAUAUUCUACCUCAGCUGUAUGACCUUUAUGGCUCCGCGUCUACGUUAGCUGCGCACCAAGCAGCAAUGAAGAUUCUUAGACAAGACGAACUUGGUGAUAACACGGAAAGAUAUUUGUGGGCGCUUUCCACUUCCGCGUAUCCAGAUGCUAGUAUCAUCAAGGACGUUUUGAAAAGAUCCGAAGAAGUCAUACAAAACGAUAAGCUGUCGGAAACUUACGCGUUGACAGCAGCAGCUAUGGCUAAGCGACACGGUGGCUUGAGCGUCAUUGAGUUGGUGAAAGACAGCUUGGAACUCGGGCUUCACACUUGCACGGGGGAACAAUGCAAAAUGAAAUUUCUCCGGUCGUUGGGAAAUCUUGGCAGCAAAGGUGUGGUCCCUAUAUUACUCAGACAUACCAACAGUAGUAAAUCACUGAGUGUCAUUGCUUGGAAAGCUAUCAGCUCUUUGUGCGCUUCUCUCAUUACUGGGGAUGUAAAAAAACUGGCCAUGAAAACGUUUUUCCAACUGAACGGGCAAAAAAUCGACAGCACCGUAAGGACAUUGACUUUGAACGUCAUUCUCGAAAAUGAUCCUUCGGUUGAUGAGUUGCACGCGCUGCUGUUGUAUCUCACAAAGCGGGAUAAGGUGUACGAGGUUCAGAAAUACCUAGUCCAAAGGAUUCAGCAGCUGGCCAGCACUGAUGUUCAAUUCAACGAAAAACUUGAAGCAGCUUUGAAGAGAGAUUUUUACAAAUUAUUUAAUUAUAAUACGUAUGCACAAAGAGGAUUGAGUACUGCGUUCACUAGAGACUUUGUUCGAUCGGCUGGCAGUAAUGGUUCGCUUGUGACGAUUCAAGAAAUAAACUCUGGCCUUUUAAAAAGAGGAGUCGUUGAUAUAGUGCUGGAGAGUGGCUCUCAUAAAUACACGUUCUUUUCCCUUGGCUUGUUUGCCGGAGGACUCAAUAGUUUCGUAUCCUCAAACGAGCCAGAAGACAAUGAAAUUCCAACGGACAAUGAACCUGCCACUGCUGGAAUGGAACUAUCAGUCUUGGAUGUUGAUAUACGUCCAUUCGUCUUCUUUUCUGGUCAGGGAGAAUUGAUGGGGCACGUGUGGUCUGGAACAGCCUCCGAACGCACCGCGGCUUUUCAGACAAUAGUCAAUCUUCAUCGCCAUAGGGAAGUCAUUUUUUUGGGAUCCGGAUUUGUAGUUGAAAUAGGAGUUGAAGGAGCAAUAAGCAUUGAUUUGGCAGGUCACGUGCAGUUGAGCCUUUGGUCCAGAAAUGCUCAGUCUAUCGUUGAAUUGGGAGCUGGAAUUGCAAUUCAGGGCAGCAGCAAGAUAUUGACCAACUUUGUACAAAGUAGAGCCGAGUUUACUUUGAAUUUGGAACCGAAACUCGAACUUGCCACCGAUGUUGAUUUUUCGGGUCCGGUAUCGCUAUGUAUGAGAUUAGCGCAACCUCAAACGACAUUGAAGCAUCUGGUUUACAAAGUGGAAAGGAUACCUGGUAGUCGGCAUAGAUUGAGGAAAACGAGAAGAAUGCAGUCGCUCUCGCCAGCUCGUUCAUAUCUACUUAAUAGUAAGAAUAAUGAAAUGUGUGCAAAAAUUUUCAGUUAACAUUCAACACUUUGAAUAUAAACAUUUUUUGCAGUAAAGAAUAACAUUACGAUGUAUUGUUUCUUUUGUAUAAGUUAUUGCGCAAGUAUACUGACGUGAUCGGUUAUUAUGAAUUGUUACUAGUACAAUAAGUCGUCGAACAACGAUAACAGCCAAAUAAUGAUUUUAUCUUACACGAUAAGAAGGUAUCACAUUGUGUACCACUACUGAUUUUUUUAUUUAUAGCUUAUGUUUUUUUUGCUUGUAUAUAAAUUGAACGCACUUUAAGAUUUUGUAAACUGAUAUAAAAGGCAUAUGGGUUUAUAAUAGACGUAGUUUACGCAGAUUUCAUUAAUUUUCUCAUAUUCGAGUGCUUGAGAUUUUAUUAAUAUUUUUGAAGGUGGGCUGUUUCCAAGAUAUAUUAGUUUUGUAAUAAUUUUUCGCUCUUAGCAUACAUCAACAUACUGAUUUUUGCAUUUAAUAAAUUACUUGUCAUAUUUUUCGUGAUUUAUGGUAGUUAUUGUCACAAAAGUGCCAUCACCUACUGGGCUAUUUUGUGAUACGAGGGUUCUGCAAAGUGUCCGACCGUAAUGUAGUUCCAGAUAGAUGGCACUUGUGUGCGAAACACUGCUUUUCCUACCAACGGCACAUCUAACCCUCAAAAACGCCUGAGGUACGAAAAAUAAUUUUUUAGAUAUUAAGAGUUUACAGUGAAAA